AUGUUAAAAGAGCACAAGCUGAAGUUCACUUGGCUCAACCCGCCAUUGCCACCAAAGAGAGACCGGCGGAGAAGGAAGGCCGAUCAGAAGCCAGCGAAGCAGCCACAACUUCAGCCGACGCCUCUACAGUCGUUCCAGGAUCUUCGAUCUCGAUAUGGUUUGGCGGAUGAACUCGUUAGCAACGUCCUUGAGCAAGGUUUCGAUGUCCCAACCGAGGUCCAACUCGGCGCCAUCCCUUUGCUGCUCGACACAAGUGCCUUACAUUUGGACGAAGCCAAGGACUUGGACAACCCAGAAAAUGGAACUGUGAACGGUCUCGACCUUCUCGCAAUCGCUCCCACCGGCAGUGGGAAGACCCUGGCUUUCCUGAUACCCUUGCUGCACCGUCUUCGAGAGGAGAGAAGUCGUGACGCAGGAAAGGAUCGCAAUACCUCGGCAAUCGUAUUGGCACCCACCAGAGAGCUGGCAAGCCAAACGGUCAACGAAGGCAGAAAGCUAGCUCGAAGCACGGGUUUGCGCAUUACUCAAAUGAGGAAGGGAAUGAAGUUCCAGGCAGAUGAUCUUCCUCACGAGGCAAACGACCCGACAGGCAAUCAUGGCGCCUCCGAGUCUACCGUGAAAGCCGACAUCAUUGUCUCCACACCUGGUGUGCUUCAGAGUGCGCUCUUCAAUACGAACAACGUUCAAGCUCUGGAGUUUGUGAGGCACCUCGUGUUGGACGAAGCGGAUGUGCUGCUCGAUCCUCUCUUCCGAAACCAAACGCUGGACAUCUGGAAAAGUUUGCGUAACUCUUCGCUGCGUGUAAGCAUGUGGUCUGCCACAAUGGGCAGCAACAUUGAAGAGCUCGCCAGAGCGACGAUCGACGGACGGCGCAAGCUUUUGUCCGAACAGUCCGGCACGACGGUAAUGGAGGUGCCUCUUAUAAGGCUUGUUGUGGGCUUGAAGGAUUCUGCUGUGCCGAACGUGCAGCACAAGCUCACAUAUGCUGCUACAGAGCAAGGCAAGCUGAUGGGGCUACGGCAACUGCUCCACCCGGCGGCAACCUCCGGCGACUCAGAAACCCCGCUGCGACCACCAUUCCUCGUAUUCACACAGACGAUCGAGCGGGCGGUAGCGCUCCAUGCAGAACUGCUCUACGAUAUUCCGGCCGAAGCUGGCGGCAUUGGUCGAAUCGCAGUCUUACACUCAGAUCUUUCCGACACCGCUCGAGAUGCCGUAAUGACCAGAUUCCGCAAAGGCGAGGUCUGGGUCCUGAUUACCACUGACCUGCUGUCACGAGGCGUCGACUUCUGUGGUGUCAACGGCGUAGUAAAUUACGACAUCCCAACCUCGAGCGCUGCUUACGUUCACCGAAUCGGUCGCACAGGGAGAGCAGGUCGUUCCGGCGGUGUUGCCGUGACAUUAUACAGCAAGGAAGACAUCCCUUACCUCAAACACGUUGCAAAUGUCGUCGCGAUGGCGUCGCGGCAGGGCGGAAAGGGCACGGGAAUGGAUCAGUGGCUCCUCGAUGCCUUGCCGAAGUUGAGCAAGAAUGAAAAGCAGAACCUCAAGAAGCGAGGUGUCGAGUCGCGGACGGCGAGGGGGACGCAGAAGGAUCCGAGAGCUGCGCGGAAGUCCCAGAUUAGUAGCAAGUCGGGGUAUGACCGGAGACUGGAGAACAAGCGUAAGGGUGCGAUAGCUGGAAGUCGGAGGGCGGUGCAGGCUGGCCAUGAAAGUGAUGAGGAUAGGGAGUCUGACUUCGAAGGGUUUGACUGA